GGCUGGACGGCCGGGAGCGCGGCGCGGCCGGAGCGCAACGCCCCGCGGCCGGAAGACGGGGAGGGGGUGGGGGGUGGGGAGAGGGGAGGACCGGCUCAGCCCGGCUGAAAAGCUCGCGCGCCUGUCGCCCCCCCAGCCCCCGCUCCUGCCCCGCCGGCGUCCCGCACCAUGGCUCUGUCCUGGAGGAGCUGGCUGGCCAAUGAGGGGAGCAAGCAUCUCUUUCUGUUUCUCUGGCUCUCCCUCAAUGUAUGGCUCUUCUGGAAAACCUUCCUGCUUUAUUAUCAAGGGCGGCAGUAUUAUUAUUUGCAUCAGAUGUUAGGGCUAGGAUUGUGUAUUAGCAGAGCUUCAGCAUCUGUCCUCAAUUUCAACUGCUGCCUGGUCCUUCUGCCAAUGUGCCGUGUUCUCUUGGCCUUCCUGCGAGGAUCUCAGAAGGUUGCCAGCAAGAAAACCAGGAGGCUGCUAGAUAAAAGUAAAACUUUCCACGUGACAUGUGGUGUUACAAUCUGCAUCUUUUCAGUCUUACAUGUUGCUGCUCACCUAGUGAAUGCUCUUAAUUUCUCUGAGAACUACAAUGAAGACUUUCUGGCACUAAAUGCAGCAAAUUAUCGUGGUGAGGACCCAAGGAAACUGCUUUUUGCUACUGUUCCAGGUCUGACUGGAGUCAUUAUGGUGUUAGUAUUAUUCCUGAUGUGUACAGCUUCUACGUAUGCUAUCAGGGUUUCAAACUAUGACAUCUUCUGGUACACACACAACCUUUUCUUUGUCUUCUAUAUGCUGCUGAUGCUGCAUGUUUCUGGUGGAGUGCUCAAGUACCAGACCAAUUUAAAUGAACACCCUCCUGGUUGCAUUAAUCCUAACAAAACACUCCAGCAGAAUAUGACAGUGCCAAAGGCUUUUGAAGAUCUGCUUCCUGACUAUACUACUGAGCCUUUCCCAGAGGACUUACCAGUACCAGAACCCUUUGCACGAAAUAGCUUUAUGAGAAUUUGUUCUGAGGAACCCAAGUUCCAGUCACACUUCCCAGAGACGUGGUUUUGGAUUUCUGGACCACUCUGCUUGUACUGUGUAGAAAGGCUGUACCGCUACAUCCGCAGCAAUAAGCCAGUCACAAUAACUUCAGCGAUAAGCCAUCCCUGCGAUGUCCUCGAAGUAAGGAUGGUGAAAGAUGAUUUCAAAGCAAGGCCUGGUCAGUAUGUCAUUCUGCACUGUCCAAGAGUGUCUGCAUUGGAAAGCCAUCCAUUCACCCUUACAAUGUGCCCUACAGAUACCAAAGCAACGUUUGGGGUCCACCUUAAAGUAGUAGGAGACUGGACAGAAAGAUUUCGGGAUUUACUGCUUCUACAUUCAAAUCAAGAUGCAGAGAUUCUGCCCAUCUUUCAUCAGAGGCGCUAUCCCAAACUGUAUGUGGAUGGACCUUUUGGAAGUCCGUUUGAGGAAUCCCUAAACUAUGAAGUCAGCCUCUGUGUAGCUGGAGGUAUUGGAGUUACACCAUUUGCAUCAAUACUCAACACACUGCUUGAUGACUGGAAAUGCUACAAACUCAGAAGACUCUACUUCAUAUGGGUGUGCAGGGACAUUGAGUCUUUCCGCUGGUUUGCAGAUCUGCUCUGUAUGUUACAUAACAAGCUUUGGCAGGAGAAUCGACCAGACUAUAUAAAUAUCCAGCUGUACCUCAGUCAAACAGAUGGAAUACAGAAAAUAAUUGGUGAAAAAUACCAGGCUUUAAACUCGAGGCUUUUGAUUGGACGACCCCAUUGGAAAGUCCUUUUUGAUGAAAUAGCAAAGUGUAACAGGCGGAAAACCAUUGGAGUCUUCUGCUGUGGACCAAACAAAAUAUCUAAGACACUUCAUAAACUGAGCAACAGCAGCAAUUCUUAUGGGACAAGGUUUGAGUAUAAUAAAGAAUCAUUCAGCUGAAAGUCUGUUGGACUGGCAAGACUGUAGGAGACAAAAAGUGCAAUUUUUUUUCUUUGUACAACUUAAAAGUUCAACUGUGGUUUAAACAGACAGAAAUGUACCAAAGAAUAGCACAGAUGUUCUUAUUUAUGUUUAUUUAAGAUAUUGGAAGAUGAUGAUGGCUGCAGCAGUAUACCAACAAACAAGUGCUUAUGCUCAAACCCAAAUGCACUUGCACAGUCUUUGUGGCAGCGGUGAGUCUUUGGAGUUGUUUCUGUUAAUUCAAAAGUACAGAAGCUGAGGAGAGACACAAUUGCUUUAAGAGCUGAUGGAAAGGAUUCUGUGGAACGUUUGAACUUCUUUCACUUCAGUUUUCUGGAGCUAGAUGAGUAAACCAAAACCCAGGUUAAUCCAAAUGAAAAAAUAGUGUGUACUAAAAAGACUCUUGCUUUUGUUGGUAUACAGAUCUCAUGGUUUUGAGGUGGAGAAAGUUCCAUGUUAAAGAUUUGAUACAUUGAAUAAUUGGAAUUCUAUAUUUAUAAUAUACAGUGUUACUCUCACUAGUUGACUUCUGUAAUGGAUGUGACCAUUCCUGAAUGGAAGAAAGGGUGAAAUAUGGAGAAAUGUAAGUUAACCUAUGGAGAAGUGAGUACAACUCAACUGUUUAAUGCCUGUAGGCAGACUCCAUCAUGAUGUAAAUCCCAACAUUUUGGUAAGGAAACAUCUGUACAUGGAGAACUUUCUGCCUUGAACUGAUUCAGCAUUCAGUGAGUUUGCAAUGUAAGUGUGAUUUAUGCAUGCAGAAAGAUGGAGCAAGAGUGAUUAACAGGAGCAGACAAGAUAUGGUGUUUUAUUAUACUGUGUACUCAACAUGGAAGUUGCACUCAGUCUGCACUCACAUGCCCUGAAUGUCAAAUGCUUCGAGCAUUUAGAUGCUCUUUGUGAUUAUUUUACAAUGCAGCAGGUUGAAAUCCAAUUUUAGAGGUCCCAGAGUAUGUUUAGUUGA